AGGAGGUGAUUAUGGCAUUCCUCAGAUUGUUGGAUGCAACCCAGUUUGAAAGACCUUUGGUACACGGUGAGAGGAUUCCCAGACAACUGGGAGGAUUUCAACACAUUGCCCAAACUGACCAAUCUGGAUGCCCUUUAGCCACUUUUGCAGGAGAAGGCUGCUCUAAGGACGGGGAGGAAUCUGCAAAGCAGAACCACAGAAAGGAACAUGAUAGUUUGCUCACAGAGGAAGGAGAGUUGCUCCUUGUUGCUUUUCCAAGGAGCUCUGACUUAGAGCUUUGCUCAAACCUUUAUCAAAGCAAGUAUCCCUGUCAAAAUAAUAAAAUUGUAGAUUUGAUUUAGCCCAAGAUUUUGAUUGAUUGGUGGUAAAUUGUGAAAGAUUGAUUUAUUAGUAAUUGUAUGAAAAUGUAAGAAUGUGGCCAUAUUUUAAAAAGACUCAAAAUUAUUUGUAGUCUCUUUUGAGAAGAAAAAGUUUAAAUAUAGACCUGAAAUUGUAAAGUGCAUCAGUAAAUAAGAAGCACUUAUACUAUUUUUUGCUCAGUUGUUUAGUUUAAAAAGUCCUAAUUAGAAAAUACCAAAUUUCUAUAGUUAAUUUGGAAGUUUAUGUUUUGCCCUUGUGUAGGUUUAUCAAUGCUAGAAGGCGAAUUCUCCAGCCAAUGUUGGAUUCUAGCUGUUCUGAAACACCAAAAACAAAGAAGAAAACAGCCCAAAACCGACCAGUUCAGAGGUUCUGGCCAGACUCCAUUGCAUCAGGAGUAGCUCAGCAUCAAACUAACGAACUUACUAUGUCAGACGGAGCUGUUGUAACAAUUACAGCUCCCGUCAACAUGAAUGUGGACAGUCUCCAAUCACUUUCAUCUGAUGGUACUACUUUGGCUGUUCAGCAAGUCAUGAUGGCAGGGCAAAGUGAGGAUGAAUCUGUAGACAGCACUGAAGAUGAUGGAACAGACCUCUCAACUACAAAUAUCAGUGGGCUGGUCUUGGAUAACAGUGAUUCUCUGCAAUAGGAAGCAAGAGGAGCUGACCUAAAAUAUUAGGAAAGACAAUGAACUGACUGACUUUUUAUAGUUUGCACAGCAAACAUUUUACACAAGUUUUAUUUCUAAUAAGUUUUAUAUGUAGAUAUAGAAGAGUGCACUUUUUUGUAUUUCAUAGUAAGCUUAAAGAGUGUCUUUGCAGGUGCAGCAACUUCUUUCAAAUGUGUUGUUUUUUGC